AUGCCCGGAAAGAAGGAGUCUGGAAGUACUGUGACCCCGACGCUCCAGAAAAAUACUAUCCCGAGCUCUAUGAACCCGAAAAGCCACACGUUUCCACAGUCCGACCCGAAGCAGAAUCCAUCGUUGACCUCGGAGAAGAUGACCUCAUCGAACUAUCCUCGGUCUUGGGACUUAAACGUUAUCUUUAAACUUAUAAAAUACCACAUCGACGACGAAUACCUCAGUCUCAUUGAAUAUGCACAAACACCGCUGGAGCAGAUGAUCGCGCUAUCUGUUAAAUUUAAGAAAUCUCGUCUGGAAGAUCUGCAGCCUAGAUGGGAGCGUAUCCAAAAACUGGCGAGUAAGGUGGAAGUGCAAGAGCUAUUUGAACUGUGGAAUGCACUCUUCACAGACUGCGAUGGCUAUCUUUCUGGUAACGCUCGAAAUCAGGACGCCUUUUGGGAGUGUGUUGAGACAGCGGGAUAUUCAUCCGGGAACUGUUUCCCUCUCACUUCUCAGCACUGGAUUGAAAUCCCCGACAAUGUUGAAUCGAGGAACUAUGGAGAUGCUUGCGCUCAACCUCCUUCACUGAUCAAACGGGAGUCUAUCGCUUCCCAGCACUGGAUCCAAACCACCGACACUGUUAACUACGGGAAUGGCUGUGCUCGACCUCGUUCACCGGCUAAACGGGAAUUUAUAGAUUCUCCGUAUUAUGUUAGCGACUGCGAGCCUACGGUGUCAAUUGGGCACGCCUCUCUAAGCCCUCAGCCCGGCUCUAUGGCAGAUAGGGGUGAUCAACGUGGAGCAGUCUCUGGGGAUGAUUUGGAUAAAUGGUAG